AUGAUGUAUUUCUUUUUUUAUCAUCUCAGGCUGCUCUUCAACGACAAGUUCAGUCUCUUAGAAUCUUCGCUAAAAAGGCUGGAGCACGUAAAAAUGGACGUAGUGCAUGGCGAGGUAUUUGACACAAGAAAAAUUGAAGUUACUCAGCGCGAAAAGUGUGCAAGCACAAAGAACAGCAUUGAUUACAGCGUGAACGAUUUUAGCAGCGGAACGAGGAGCAAGCUGCGCUUUUACAGGGUGCUCAGCCUGGAUGAAACCAUCGAGUACCUGCACAACCUCCCAGCAGACAUAGAAAUACUGGUGCUGCUGAUAGAACGUGACUACUACCUGAACUGCACAGAGAUUAUGGAGAGGAUGGCACGGAUGAAGGGCAGAUCGGUGCUGGUGCUUGCGAUGGACACCAACGAUAGCAAGCAGAUGCACAGCAUGCUGAUGGAUGGCACGGACAGCAGCUACCAUUUCGUGCUCAGGGUGUACCGCGGCGUAGAACGCGUGUUUAUCGUUGCAUUCUAUUUUCUUCUCACGGUGCUCAUCGUGCUGUGCUUCAUAACCCUGCAGAUAUGGCUGAAGAACCAGACCACCAAGAACCCGCUGAUCACGCCUUACGAGCUGAACAGGUGCGUGGUGGACAACUAUGGAAAGCUGAGCGGCUCGAACAGACCCUUUGAAUCGUGUUUGAUAUGCAUGGACGAGUUCAACAGCGAGAGUCUGUGCAGGGUGCUGAGGUGCAAGCAUAACUUUCAUAAGGAGUGUGUGGACCCGUGGUUGAAGACGAAGUCUUCGCGGUGCCCGUACUGUAGGGAGCUUAUAAAAGUGUGUGAGAAUGAUUACUGAUGAGCAGUGCUCACGAGCGUAUAGACGGGUGUAACAUAAAAUUAAAGAUUGUGUGAUAGAUGUUUUAGUUUUGGUAGCAAAUUUAUUUGCACUGUGUGGUGGAACGAAUCUGUACUGGGAGUUGUUGACCGAAUUAUUUGAAACAAGUAGAAGUAGAAGUAGAAGUAGAAGUAG